AGCUGAAAAUCGAAGACAUUCGACGUUGAAAUAGUGUUGAUGGAGUACGGUACAAACACGGUGACCGUUGCCAUUUCUGAUACUCUUGAACCGUACGCCAAGAUCAGAAACAGAAUGCCGGCGGCUGCCCGAAGGCAACAAGCUGCCAACAGGCCGAAGACAACGGGGACAUAUCCGACAAGCGUGGACACUAGGCAAAGGCUGUUGCAGAGGAAGGCUCAACCGUGCAUGGCGCUUGGGGCGUGCUUGGGUGUCAUUAAUUCAAGCCUUCGAGUUGAAUAGGCUGUGUGUGAAGUAAUGUUCUCGGUGAGAUGUAGGGACUGAGCACAGUUUUGAACGUUAUUUCGAACGCAGACGGGGACGAGUAGGGCGGAUAUUGACUCAGGCCAAGACUUGGAAAGGUAUUUGGAAUAUCGAUGCCCUGUCUGAGAACUACGACUAUCGCGUCAUUAUUCUUGACAUCCUUCGCAUAUUCUACGUCUCGGUAGAACUCGGCAGUCCUUUCAGCUGUAAAAAAACCUGC